GCAGAACGUGGUGAAUUAAAGCACCUGAUAGGCGGUGAAGUCGAAAUCCUCAUGAGAUCCCACUGUCGCCUUUGAUCUGAAUUUUCGCGCCGACCAACUCCAAAACAACACCACCACCACCAUACCACCAACCACACGCGCAAACCGACCACACUAGCAGACCAGAACCAGAGACAAAAUGGCCGAUUCAGCACCAUCCGCAGAGCGCGCUCAACAGCAUGCAAUGGAUCUCAAGGAUCCUGAUUGCUGGAAGACGUUUGGAGGGGGUAUUGCGCCGAUCUUCGCCAUCCCAGUUGAAGCGCAUGUGGUCAGAUUCAACAAUUUGCAUCUUCUUGAUGCUUUCUCUUUGAGUCUAACUUGGUAUGAUUAUGAAAUUUCACACCUUUUUAUGCCAUUGUGAAAGGAAUAAGAGCUAACACUGAUUUAGCACCUACCUAUACGCCCUGUCUCCUACCCGCUUUAUCGCCAUCCGUCGCGCUCGGCAUUAUAUAAACACUCGUUCAGCCAAUGACGCCCCUAUAAUUCCUCUCAGCCUUGGUGUACCAGACUCAGCGUUCCCCUUGGUAAAGGGGUGUACCCUUUGUCUUCCUGCCUUAUAUUACCCAUGUCAUUGCGAACUACAUUUCCACAUCGAAAAGUUCAUGCCGGCGCAUUUGAAAUACUGCAAUUCUUGUAGGAUGUUUACCUUGAACUACGAAGAGUCACAACGUCGUCUUCGCUUAGAGAGACGGAGCGGAAACCAGAGACGGAGCCGACCAGCGGGACGUGGUGUUUUGUUCAAUUGGGUUCCAGAGCUUUACUAUGAUGAACAUGAUGAACAACCGAGUGCUGUACCUACUCCUGGACCUGAUCCUGAUGUUCAAAUGGAAGGAAUUGAGGACGAGGAGGAAAGUCUGCCAUCAACUGCGUUUCCAUCAACUGCGUUUCCAUCAACUGCUCAAUCAGCCGCUGAACCUGGUCCUGAUCCUUCAGUUGAAGAAAGAGAUGAGGAGGAGAGUCUGUCAUCAACUGCAUCUCCACACUCACUACACUCAGAAAAUGAAAGACUACGUCUUGAAGUAAGACACCUACGCGAACAAAUACGAAUUCAGGACCAGCACAUGGAUCAAUUGAACGAAUUCGCCACUAUAUUACAACAACCAGCACAUCAAAGGCUGUUUUCAAAUCUACCGCUGAACAACCCACAGCAGGAUUUCACCGUUGUACACUCAGGUAUCUAAUUACCACCAAUUCCAGGAAACCCGCCAGUCAACCCAAACACACUAGGACAGAUGGACAUAGACGAAGACAGAACUACAUUCAUAAUGACAGACGGAGGUCUACAAGGACAACUACUACCUCGUCUCAAUAUUGAAUUUCCAUUUCUAGCUGUGCGUCCUGAACCAGAACAAUGGAACUCCAGCCUGCAUGGCAGCAGCAGGUGGAUUCGGAUCCUAGAAGAUACAAAUCCAAGAAGAGGAGAUGAACUAUGUGGUAGAUGUAAUAUACCAUAUAGCCUUGCGAAUGAUUGCGGUCGGCAACAUAUAGUGCCACGUCAGCCAGGCCAGAGAGAUCGUGUGAGGAGGUGGUAUAACGGGAGCCGGUUGAAUCAGUAUGGUCGCACGGUAUAUGAGAGUGAGGGUCCUACAACAGAUGGAGAUUCAUACAAUGUGAUGUGACGGGGGAAGUGUAAAACUGAUUUGCAUUGGUAUAUUUGGAUUGCCUUGGGAGUCGAAAGACUGUUGAAUAGUGCAUAGUGUUGGAAGCGUUGGGGGUGUUUGGGGAGAACUGUGUGAGAUGCUUGGGGAUUUCUGAUAGGAGGGCUUGAUGUAUGCACUUUCUGACACCAGUUCGUUCUCCUUUGAGGCACAGAGUUGAAGAGUCUUCAUGAAGGCAGAAGGCAGAAAGCAGGUAUACUUGAAGGCCAUACGGCUGGUUGUGCUUGAGAAGCAGCAUUGAAAUAUGUAUAGAGAAUACCAUCCAGACAAAAGAAAAGAAGAGAAACAAUGUAGAGUCAUACCAGC